AAAAUUAAAAGAUAUUUACAGAUAGAAUAUAAUAUUAAAUGGCUGACAAACUGAAUGACUUGGCAGGAAGGAUGGGAAAGGCUCCCAAAGGUCUUGGAACAGGAAUUAAACUAUUGGCCGCCGCUGCAGCAGGUGCUUAUGGAUUACAGCAGAGUAUGUUCACAGUGGAUGGAGGACACAGAGCUAUUAUGUUUAAUAGGAUCGGAGGAAUCCAGGAUUAUGCUCUUACAGAGGGAUUACACUUCAGAAUCCCUUGGUUUCAGUAUCCUAUUAUUUACGAUAUCCGCGCUAGACCAAGAAAGAUCACCUCCCCUACUGGUAGCAAGGAUCUACAGAUGGUUAAUAUCUCUCUCAGGUAAAAGAAAAAAGGGGAAGAGGAAAGAAAAAAAACACUAUAAUAAACACUAAAAAACCAAAAUUUAACAAAAACCGUAGCAAAAAUCACAGGGGGGACCUUGAAGUUGACCUAUUUAGGGUACCAAAAUGUUUCCAUGCUGAUCAGGAAACAGUUGACCGACAGGGCCAGAGAUUUCAACAUUAUCCUGGACGACGUGGCUCUUACCGAACUCUCCUUCGGUAAAGAAUACGCCGCCGCGGUUGAGGCUAAGCAGAUCGCCCAGCAGGAGGCCCAGAGAGCCGCCUACACUGUCGAGAAGGCCAAGAUGGAGAAACAACAGAAGAUCGUCCAGGCCGACGGAGAAGCCCAAGCUGCAACUAUGCUCGGAGUUGCAAUCACCAAGAACCCCGGUUAUCUCAAGCUAAGAAAGCUGAAGGCUUCCACUCAGAUCGCAACUGUGAUUGCACAGAGUCAGAACAGAGUUUACCUUAACUCAAGCUCCCUUCUCCUCAACGUGGCAGAACCCUCCUUUGAUGCUGCCCUCCUGGGGCUUGCCAAGAAAUAAGCGCCAUUUUAUUCUAUAAAAUUGGUUGAAAUUCUUUGCUUCAACCUCUGCCUGGUUAUUUGCAUUAUGUCAGUUAUAUUUAAUAAUAAAUCCGUCUUCUUGACUUUAAAUCUAAGAAGUGUAG